AUGACGGACGUCGAGUGCCACGUGCGGAGAUUGCUCGACAGGGAGAAAGAGGAUUACAAGCUGCUGGGCAAGUGCGUGGGGGAGCUCAAGAGGAAAGGUCUGGAGUUCGACCUGAUGAAGGAGGUGGAUGCUCUGCGCCGGGCCAAGAGCCUGCGGGUCGGGACACCCCCUGUCAACAAGUGGUCCGUACGGGACUUUGCUACCCUGUUUUUGUUUGCCGUGGCUUGUUGCGUGCUGGGUUUGAUGAGGCUUAUUUUGUGCGGUUAG